AAAUCACUCUCAUAGUAUUUUAAUCAAACCCUCUAUCAUCAAAUAAUAGUUUAAUCACUAUUGCAAAAGCAAACCAACAAGAAAAUAUAUUCAAAAUGAAUACUGCCAAGCUUCAAUAUCCUUGUCUCGCUAAGCGAUAUUUCUCAACUCCAAAUUCAAACAACGAUAAACCGAACACUACUACAACUAACUUUGCAACAACAACAACAAUUCCCACCAUGACCUUGACCGCCACCCUUUCCCAACAAACCGCCAAUGUUGCUGGCUCAACCACUACUGCUGGUGAUACUACAGAUGAUGAAGAUACUGAAACUGCUACUACUUCUUCAUCUUUUCCAACUACUACCAACCCAAUUGGUGUUGAUGGAGAAGUAUUAGAAAACUCAUCUGAUUCUACUAGUCAAAACUCUGAUCAAAUUCAUCAUGGUGAAACAACUGCUUGGAAAAUGAGAAUCAAUCAUGAACAAAUUGUUAAUAAUUAUGAUCUUCAAUGGAAGACUAGAUUAGAUCCUCUUGCAGUCUUUCUUGAAGAAUCAUUGUAUGGUCCAAUCAUUUAUCAAUUUGAACAUGAAUUGAAGGUUAAUUUGAAUAAUUUAUUGAAUCAACAUUCUAUUAUUUUAAUUAGACCAUCAGUUGUUUAUGAUAAUGCUGCUGAUAACCACUCAACUCCUGUAUUGAAGAAUAAUCAAGUUAUUUUGAAAGGUGAUUUGGAAAUUGCAAUGACCUCUAAACUUGCUAUUGAUAAUCUUUUGGUUUUCAAGGGUCAUUCAAAGAUUCAAUUCACUGAUUCUUCUUAUCACCAUAAUAGAAAGGCUUUUAGAUUGGUUUGGAAUUAUUUUACUGUUAAACAAGAUAAGGAAAUCUUAAUCUAUUCAACAGUUUCCACUCCAUUCAGAGUUUUUGCUAGAAAGCCUUCUAAAAAGGAAACUGCUGAAACUACUGCUACCACUGAAAAGAGAGGUAAAAAGAGAAAGGAUGAAUCUAAUACUUCUCCAUUAAUUACACAACAACAACCAUUACCACAACAACCAAGAUCUGCUAGUCCGCAACCAAUUCUUGGUAACCAAAACUCCACCCCUUCAACUUCUCCAAUUUUGAAUCAAAGUAUUGAUUCAAAUACACCAACUAUUGUUGAACCAUCCCAAAAGAAAGUUAAGAAGACUCAUCCAACAAGCAAUACUACUAUUCCUUUGGUUGGUCACCAAAAUAUUCCACCACUCGAAGAACUCAAUAUUCGUGCUGUACCAACCAUUGUUAAUAGUGUUGCAACUGCUGUCGUAUCUCAUUUGAUUUCUCAAAAAGAUAAUGUUAAUCAAGAACUUGUCAUGGAAUUAUUCAAGACAUUGAAUGAUAUCAACAAGAGAUUAGAGAGAUUGGAAAAUUCUUCAACUAUCCGUGGAUGUGGAAACAGUAUGACCUCCCAAACCUCCACCACCACCACAACUAAUAACUCUAAUUCCCAUGACAAUACCUUUUAAAAUUUUGUCAAAAACCUAAUUUAUAAUAUCCCAAUAUAUAUUCUCUAUCUAUAUAAUAAAUAUGUAUUCUAGAAAA